AUGCGAACAUUUGUCUCAAUAGCCCAGAAUGCAUGGGGAAUUUUUAUAUCUGAAAGGAAGCCUGGCUGGAAGUAUCUGAUGCAACUUUUUGCAGUUUGCUCUGCAGUUGGCUUUCUCUCAAGCUUUCUCUUAUUCCUUGGCAUGCACUUCUCCCUGGAACACCACGCUUUGGGUCCCUUACUGAUUUCUGGAUUCAUCUGGAUCUCACUUUCUAUCGCGCUCUCCUAUUUCAAGCACCUGCGCUGUUUUAGUGUCCUGUUCCUUCUUUGUUGCGGACUGCGAAAUGGCAGGAAUGCUCUUAUUACUGCUGGCACAGGUGUCGUGGUGGCUGGCAACAUCCAAAAUAUUUUUCACAACCUAAAGAUUCUGGCAGACAGUAUAACCUGUCAUUUAGAGUAUGAGCAAUUUGCCUUGAUAAAAUAUUAUGUUGAGGCAGUAAAAUGGAUUUACGAGGCAGUCAAGAUUUCCUCUGAAAUAUCUAAACAUAUAGUGUUCCUAAGACAUGAAUUCACACCAUCUUAUUCAAUUUCAGAUGAUGCAUUAAAACAAGAGUUAAAUGACACAAAGCAAGAAAUCCAGAGAGUUGCUGAUCAGAUAUCUUUUAUGCUGACUAUACUGCCCUAUAUAGGCCAAAAAGCAUUGCCUGUAGUGGGGAUUUUUCUAGCUUCUUUUGGAACUGGCCUCUUUAUCAAAAAAUUUGUGGGCUCUAACAGUGCUAAAUUUAAGAAUACUUAUAUCACAAAACAGUUCAUCACAUUUGAUGAGCACCAAAAGCAACAGCAAAGACCCUGUGUUCUGCCACUUAACAGAAAAGAAAGGAAAGAUUAUGUGAUGAUCCCAUCUUUCUGCCUCACAAGGAAGGACAGAAAAAACAUGAAGUAUUUUUUUCUCCCUGUAAUUAUUCAUCUUUGCAUCUGGCUUCUGUUUGCUGCAGUAGAUUAUUUGUUUUAUUGGCUAAUUAUUUCUGUGAAUAAACAUCUCCAAGAAGUACCGGAUCUAGAAAUUAAACUUAGCCUCUUUCAGCAAAGGAAUGAGAACAGCUUUAUCAUUGGUAUGAGAGAGCAUAUUGCAAAGACUGAUCCUUUCAAGAUCUCUUUGUUUAAGCAUGACUGCAUCCCUCAGCCAGAGCUCACUCUCUCCACAACGUGGAUGCAGCUUGGAGUCAUCAUAUUCUUCUUAAGCAUUUUUGGAUUAUUCUCUGGCCUCCUGACCCAACUUAAAAUACUUGUGUCAACUUCAUUUUAUCCUGACAUGGAGGUGAAACGGAUACAUUAUUUGCACGUAAAAUUACUCAAGAAAAGAGCAAAACUACAAGAGAAAACUGGGAAGAGCAUGUUUGCUAGAAAGGUCAACUUUUGGUUUCCAAUACUCAAGGCAAGAGAGGAAGUGAGGAAGAAAGAAAAGAGUGUGGCAAAUGCCAACGUGGUGUGAAAGAGACAAAGUGAGUCUUUGGAUAAGGCUGAGAUGCUCUAGCUCCACAGGGACUUCUGUUUUGCACCCAUCUUUCCUAUGGAAUAUCAAUUUUAAAAUGUAAAAACUAGAAUCAAAGGCUAAUCAUCAAUAUUAUGGAAAAGUGUUGGAAAGAAGCCACAGAAGAUAGUGUGCUCUCCACUACAGAGAGCUCUGAGUUGAAUUAAUACUCAUUUUUCAACUUGGGGUCUUCAUUGCCUGAUACUUUAGAAAUCCACAGAGGGUCUGUUCUUCUGUGUAAAAGCAAUCAGCUUGGAGCUUUUAGGACUACAGCACAAACCUCUUUGGGUUGGGUUAACAGAGGACAUAAUAACAGCAGCAGGUUUGUUAUCUUCAUAUUUGCCAGACACUGGAGAUAGAAAACACAACAGAGGCUCUCCAUUAGCUUCUGGGCUGGCCAAGAAACUAACUAGAGGACUUGGAUAUUUCUAGACAUUUCUACCUAUUUCACAACCCUCAACUGCCCCAAACUCUUCAGCCUGGCUCUUUCACAUCCCUAAUUUCAUAUACCUGCUCCUGCCUCUGUAGCCAUCUCUCCUGCAGGGACAGUGCUAUAUAUGCCCUGUCAAUCUUCUAGCCCAGCCAAACAUUCCCUCCCACCUUGGCUCUCCCACUUACUUUUUCUGAUUUGUCUCUCAGAAGUUUCUAAUCCUAGUCUCCCACCUGGAAUUCUUCACUUGGUUUUAGUCUCCCACUUUCAUUGAUUCAUAGACUGUACCAUUAGUGCAGAUUGUCCCUUAUCUUUGAUGAUCAUGAGAGAGGUAAUGUAGCAUGUACAGAGGUGAGAAAGCUCAUGAGAGCUAGAAUACAGAGGAACUGGGUGUUGUGGGCACAAACAAGCUGGUUUUGAGGUAUAGGAGCAUACAGAGUUGAACAGUGAUUAGAAUCUUGCAGUCUGAGGGAGCUUGCGGAAGUGGCAAAAAUGGGCUUAAUUAUGUUGUAAAGCCAUUUACUUCAAGGAAGCAAAAUUGAUCCAAUAGUGAGUGCUUUACCUAUUCAACUAACGUCAGUGAUGUGACCUUUGUAUGACACAAGAACAAAUGCUAAAAACAUAACGACAUAGGAAUGGCUUCACUGACAUGGCAGUAGAGAUUUAAUGUGGAGCUAAAAAUCCACCCAACAGGCAGUGUACUCUUGAUUUUCAGCCACAGCCAAUCUCUUCUUUUAGGUUGCAUAAUGGCAGACUCCACUCUAUAAUACCUGCAUGAUCCCAGAACAAAUAUUGAUUGAUGUCUCUGCUA